ACUUACACAGUCAAUGUCUUUCAUUAGUGUAGAAUAAUGUACACUUGGUGAUAUUUUAUUAAUCAGAUUCACAAUAUUAGAGCUUCCCGUUAGAUAGUGACAAAUCAAGGAUAAGCAAUAAUGAGUAGUACCUAUGUACUGCGGAUUUAUUAAGCCACAUAUAUGCUCAAGAGCAGUUCUCAUUUUUAAAUCUGUUUUCUUAGUAUUUCUCAUUGAAAUUUCUUUUAAGAAUGAUACUAAUAUUGUACUGAAGGUUUCUUCAAUAUUUUCAUUAUAUUGAUCAUACAAGUUAUGAAUAUGUCUAUUUUUAGAAACAAUAACUUCAUUUCUAGCUAUAUACCUUCCAAGGCUUUUAGAAAUCUUAAUAACUUCAUCUUUUGAUAACUCAUCAUUAUCUAGAGCCAAACAUAUGUCAUUACUUAGUUUCUCAUCAAUUUUCCGUUUCUUAGGCUCUGGCUGAGGGAGACUCUCAAAAUACUUGCUACAACUUGUGCAAAGAUAGGUCGCUCUGUCACUCAAGUGACCUUCCUUAACGAUAGCCUUAGUUUACCGAAAAUCAUAUAAUAAAACAACUCAUAAAAAAGUUCAACGAUACAAGGUUAUGGCUUAUAUCGUACACCUUACUUUUAUGCCACCUUAUUGAAGUAUUCGCAGCAUCUGAUUGGAUACUAUAUUAAGUCACGUGAUUGACAAAUGAAAAUGGCGGACAUGGACGUAACAUUGUAAAAGAAACAGAAUAUUAUGAGCUGUACAUCGAUCAGGGUCAUAUCAGAAAUGAUUGAUACCAUAUACCAGCAAAAGGAGGUCAAACAAUCUCUACAAAAAUUAAAAACCUUAGAGGUAUCAAAGGAAACACUCAAAGAAAGAAAUGACAAACAAAUGCAAGAGCUUCAAAAAUCAAGAAAAGAAGCUAUUCAGGAAAUCAGACAACAUCGCAAAGUCCUUGAACAUGUCCUUGCUGACAUGGAAAAGGAAUCAAUACAAGAAGUUGACGAUGAGUUCACUAAAAAAGAGACGGCACUCAUAAAACAAAAAAAGGACAUAGAAAGAGAGGAAGAUUAUAUACAGAAAGCAAUUUGUGAUUUACAACAUGCUGAAGGAAACAAGGCUCAAGAGUUUGUAUGUUCAAAGAUUGCUUAUAAACAGAUUAAUGGUAGUAAAGACAGCCCUGAUUUGUUAAAUGACGAACAAGCUGAUGUACAGUUAUCAUAUUCUAUAAACAACGACAUCACUAGCUUUCUGAAACAGAAGAAAACCUUUGGAAGUAUUGCAAAGUACCAUUAUCAACAAUACGCUCAGAGGAGAAGUCUUUAUACUGUCAAAGCUGAAAGGAAAAUUAAUGUCAAAGUACAAGGGGAUGAACAAACGUGUUUAAUAUAUGGUUCUUGUUUAACAGAAGACAACUUUCUAUUACUAACCGACUAUUACAACAUGAAGAUAAAAUGUGUUGACACAACAAAAGCUGUUGUAGUAGACCAGUGCUGUCUACCAAGUUGUCCAUGGGAUGUUUGUUGUACAAGUAAAAAUGAAGCUGCAGUCAGUUUAGAUAACAAAACCAUUCAGUUUGUUUCUCUGUUUAACCCGAUGAAAAUAGUAAGGCAGCUUAAGAUGAACCAUGAUUGCUUUGGUAUUGCUUUCAAAGAUGACAAGCUGUUCAUAACCGACAACGGGAAGUCGUUGUUUAUCCACAAUACAUCAGGUGACCUCUUACAGACGGUAUCAAAGGACAAUUCUGGAAAUGAAUUAUUUGAUCAGAGUAGACUGCUUACUUUUAGUGACCGUGGUGAUAGAGUAUAUGUUGCAAGUUUCAGUAAUAGUCUAGUUUCACUAAAUAUGCAAGGGAAACAUAUAGAUACAUAUAAAGAUAAAGAGCUGUCUUGUAUUGGUGGUGUUUGCAGUGACCACAGGGGCAACAUUUUUCUGUGUGAUUAUAGCUCAGGAAAUAUUAAACAGAUUUCACAAGAAAACAUGUCAGAAAUCGGCACGGUUGUAGGAUCAUCACAUGGUUUGUCCAACCCGUUGUCAAUCUGCUUCAAUCAUCAACAGUCCACGUUGAUAGUCACGUUGCAUAAUUGUGACGAAAUAAAACUUUUUGAUUUAAAAUAAACACUAAGUAAAGCAAGUCUUCAUACGUCCAAUACUAUGUAAAUACUGUGUAAUAGAAUGUAAUUACUAAAUAUUGUGUAAAUACUGUGUAAAUACGAGUACUAUUGUAAGACACUGACAAGCAUUAAACUGUGUUUAUUUACUACAUUACGUAAAAAGCAGAAGUUUUUAAAUAAUGAUUAUCAGAAAUGAAUGCGCAUGUAAUAAGUUACUUGUAAAUUUCUUUCUAUGUAUGUUAGAAUUAUUUUGAUAUGUUUUGGUCUAUUUUCAUGUAUUUUGACAUAAUUUGAUAUCAUGUACAGUCAAUCGUGCCUUGUAAUUUAAGUAAAAGUAAAUAAGAACAGUGAACAGUGCAGUACAGUGAGUCGUGUCGUGCUAUAAAACUACAGUGAGUCGUACCAUGUUUUAAUAGAGAUAAAUGUAUGUGAGAUGUACCAAAGAAGCGAAAUAAAUGGUGUUGAUAUUACUU